AUGGAGGGUGAAGAUGAGUACCCAAUAACAAGAAACAUUUUCACUUCAAGAUGGGCGGAUGCUGAUCAUGAGGAGGAAGAGGUGGUUGUGCCUAAAAAGAAGAAAAGUGUAUCACCUACUAACUCAGUUGAACGAAGAGCCACAACGGAUGUCAGAGACCUAGAGCUUAGAGAUGGAAAUUCCUCGAGUUCGUCUAAUUUGAUGGUAGUACAUGAUAGUGAAAAUCGGGAUCUUGAAAUAGAUAGGGAUGACUUUAUGGAAGUUGAAAAGGAGGAUGACAUCUAUUCUUCCGCUAGUUGUUCGCUGGAUACUGAUUCUGAGAAUGAUGUUUGUAGGUCUAGAACAUCUGAGACUUCACAACAACCACGUAGCUACAUUAAUAUUUUUCAGAGUUGUAGGAGUAUUGAUGAGUUCGAAAGGCUCGGCACAAUCAAUGAGGGUACAUACGGAGUUGUAUUUAGGGUGAGGGAUAAGAAAACUGAUGAGAUUGUUGCAUUGAAGAAGGUCCAGAUGGAUAAGGAACGGGAAUGAUUCUCACUAACCUCUCUUAGAGAAAUAAAUAUCUUUUUAUCCUUCCACCACCCUUCAAUUAUGGAUGUCAAGGAAGUAGUUGGUGGUGGUCAUGACAAUGAUACUCUUAUGGUCAUGGAGUACAUGGAGCACGGCCUUAAGGGUGUCAUAGAAACGAUGAAACAACCAUAUACCCAAAGUGAGGUCAAAUGUUUGAUGCUUCAGCUUCUAGAGGGCGUGAAGUAUCUUCAUUGUAAUAAUUUUGUGUUGUUUUAUAGGGAUCUCAAGACAUCAAAUCUCCUCUUGAAUUACCGUAGUGAGUUGAAAAUAUGUGAUUUUGGACUUUCACGUCAAUAUGGCAGCCCACUAAAGCCUUACACUCAACCGGUUGUGACUUUGUUGUACAGUGCUCCAAAACUACUUUUAGGAGCAAAGGAAUAUUCUACUGCUAUCGAUAUGUGGUCAUUGGGUUGCAUAAUGGCAGAACUCUUGUCAAAAGAACCACUGUUCAACGGGAAAAUUGAGAUAGAUCAAUUAACUAAGAUAUUCGAAAUACUCAGCAAACCUGACGAGGAGAUGUGGCCUGGUCUUACCAAAAUUUACCACUUCAGGUCCAAUAGAUUAAGGGACAAGUUUCCAGCUAUAUCCUUCACUGGAGGGUUGACCUUGUCAAAAGCUGGAUUUGACCUGCUGAAUAGAUUGCUGACAUAUGACCCUGAACAACGCGUAUCUGCAGAUGCUGCCUUGAACCAUGAAUGGCUCCGUGAAGUUCCUCUGCCCAAAGCAAAUGAUUCCAUGCUGACGUUUCCUGCUCUGAAUGAACAAGACAGACGUAUCAAAAAGUAUGUGAAGAGACCUGAUCCUCUAGAGGUGCAACGGAUGAAAGAACAAGGGAGUGCGAGAGAUUGUGGCCUUUUUGGCUGA